AUGGCCCAUAUUGAGACAAAGGAUCCUUUUGGCUUUGUUGGCUCGCACGUAGUGCGAAAACAGCGUCGAAAGGGUGGGGAUGAACAUGGAUGGCUUACACGUUAUGACGAAACUUUGGACUGUUAUACCCUUUUCGUGCCUGGAGGUGGAGAACCUCGAUUGUUGGCUCGAGGAGAAGUGAUGAAGUUCUUGUCGGCAUCAAAUAUUGAGCUUUAUGAUAACGAUCAUGAUGUAUUUCCUCCACCAGUAAAAGAUACUACUACCAGUCGAUAUUUGGGGGUUAAACUACGCCGACCUUAUCAAGCUUCAAGUGAGAUUGAAGGUGAUGUAGACGAAGAUGUUCGAGGCCAAGUAACAAGUUUUCUCCCUUUUGGAAAUCGAUAUUGUGUAAAUUAUGAGGAUGGAUCGACAAGCGAAUUAUCGGAAUCUGCUGUAAUUGACGGGAUGAUUGCAUUGAUCAAAUCGCCAUUUUUUUCGUCCCCUAGUCGACAAAAGACUCGUAAAAAGUCAAUUAGAACGAGGAACAGUGCACUUAAUUUGAAUGACGACGUCGUAUCAGUACGACGAAAACGACAAAGGGUCGAGACAUUUUUUGAUCAAGAUGUCCAAGAGAUACCGCUGGGAUCUGUAGCAAUUGUUGAGAAUGCGACCUCCCCGCAAAAUGAUGACGAUGUUAUAAUAAUUGAUCAAAUGAAGGUGGAGGCUGGCAGUGACACAAGGACGGAAUCGGCGCCUAAUAUUUUACAGAUUACAAAUGGUGCUUUGACCACUCCUCGAGAAAUUUCAUUAGAGAUGGCUAGUCAUCCUGUGGAAGAAGAUAUGCUAGUUGACGAUGAAGGGACGGCAGACCUUGACAGUAAAAUUUUGUCGGAUAGUUCAGACAUUUCUAGAAAAUCUGCAAGCAAAGGAUCCGCUUCCGAUAGUACAGAGUCAGAUGCAAUCGAAGCAAAUAUACAGAAGUCAGUGCCAAGCUACGUAAUCCAUAAGACGCUACACGAGGCCGUAGAACCUUUACCACGGCGCGCUAUGGCAUUUGAGCUGCUACGUGCUUCACUGCUAAAUCUUCUUGACCGACCUGAGGUGACCAAAGUGAAGAUAGCAAUGCAGUAUGAUUUGCUUCGAAAUCCUGACAUAAGGGAUCGCGACGCUGUGGUUCGUUUUAUGGACGCAGACGGACUUUUUGUUCUAAACACUUUACUCAGUUCCUUUGCAACUGAAGUGAUAGAAGAUGAAAAGACGGAGUCUCUUGAUGAGUCUACGACGCGUGGACCGCCAGGGCGACUUCGUGCUCUACCUAAUUGUUUAAACAGCUUGGCAAAAUGGAUCAAGAGUUCGUGGAUAAAAAAUAUUCCUCCAGCUAAGCAACAAUCGCGUAAGACAUCUUUUAACACUCAGCAAACAGCUCAUCGAUCUCAUCAGAAAGCUCGACGUGGUGGACGUGGUGGAUCGUCCGGACGUCCGAGCAUACAGUUAAAUAGACGGUCCAAAACAUCACCGGAAGGCGAGCAUUUUGCAGCAAGCAAUACGGAGAUCUCGAGACUGUCACGAUCAGGGCAAACUCCAUCACAGCUGGUACCCUCUCUUAAAGCGUCACCACUUCAAUCCUUAAGUCAACGUCGUGUGAGUGGUGGACUUAAGCCAGACUGGUUGCGACGUAAGGAAAAUUUAUCGCUCGCUCGCUUCUGUAUCGAUGAUAACGCUAGUGCUGAUACAAGAUUGUAUCAAAAUAGCCAAGCGCGACCGAUAUCUGAUGUUUCAGUUGCACAAAAGUCUCCGUCUUCAGACCAACACGUGGACGCCGGUGGACCCGAUGGAGUAUUUGGGCGAGCACAACGUCUUCGCUUUGGCAAAUGCUGGAGUACCCAAGAAUUUGGCAUCAACGACCCGCCCGGCACAUUAAGGCAACCUCCUAAGUCAACGUAUCCGAUAUCUUCUUACGGCCGUUCUCAGUAUUCAAACCAGAGCGAAUCUGUACAGGUUCCUCCUAUGCCGUUUUCAUCUCAUAGACCACGUUCCAUCUUACGGCAAAUUAGUCGAUAUAAUGAUGAGCCUGCUAUUGACGGACCAGGGAGCUGA